AGGCUCCGAACCUUCGGAACUGCGGGGGGAGGGACUCAGCUUGACUGAGGCGAGCGGCCUCAGUCGUUUAGAGGCAGUAGGGGGAAGAUGGCGGCUGCUGGACCACAGCGGGUUUGGAGUGCGGAGCAGCUGCGUAGCGAGGCGCUCCCUAAGAAGGACAUCAUCAAGUUUCUGCAAGACAACGGCUCGGAUUCGGUACCUCAGGGCAGGGAAGAGGCCGGGAAACAUAAAAAUGUGGCCAAUACAGCAAACAAGGAUCAUUUAGUCACAGCCUACAACCACCUUUUUGAAAGUAAGCGUUUCCAAGGUACUGAGAGUGUUGCCAAAGUGACAGAGCAGGUGAAAAAUGUGAAGCUUGAUGAAGAGAAAUCCAAAGAAGUCAAGCCUGAAGAAGCUUUGGAUGAGGGUCCACCAAAAUAUACAAAAUCUAUUCUUAAGAAGGGAGAUAAAACUAACUUUCCCAAAAAAGGAGAUAUUGUUCAUUGUUGGUAUACAGGAACAUUACAGGAUGGAACUGUUUUUGAUACUAAUAUUCAAACUAGUGCAAAGAAGAAAAAGAAUGCUAAACCUCUAAGUUUUAAAGUUGGAGUGGGUAAAGUUAUCAGAGGAUGGGAUGAAGCACUCUUAACAAUGAGUAAAGGAGAAAAGGCUCGCCUGGAGAUUGAACCUGAAUGGGCUUAUGGCAAGAAAGGACAGCCUGAUGCGAAAAUUCCACCAAAUGCAAAACUCAAUUUUGAAGUGGAAUUAGUGGACAUUGAUUGAAAUGAUAAACGGUUUGUUGCCCAAACUACAUGCUUCAGGAGCUACUUCUACAAAUCUGUGGCCUUGUCUAUACUUGAAGAACUGACCUUAUUUGUGGGGAAGGGGGAAACAUUACUCAUUUUGAGACUACAUCCCUCAAGUUGAAAAUGUAUUGUUGAGGCUGGUUGGGGUUGAGUUUUCUAUUAUUUAAUAGUCAUGUUGUAAAUAGAAAAUCCUGAAUACAAAUACAUUAACACAUUAA